UACUACCCACAGGGAGCAGAGCUCCACCCCUACACUACGCUCAACACUGGAUCUCAAACAUUUGUAUCUGGAGCCGGACCCUCCUCCUCUCCCUCCUCCCAUCACGGGCCCAACCCUCAGCCCAGUGCCAGCCCGGCCCCUCCACAGGCCAUGCCGGGGCGCUACGCGACCAUGUUUCGACAUCCUUUGUUCGAAAACAGCCCACUGGCCGAGCAGCAGCAGCAGCAGCAGCAGCCUCCCGGCUUCGUCCAAACCACUGGACGCAAUCCGUUUCGCCGGCCAAGCCCGCCAUCACCUGCCGUGGACAACUCACCAGCCCGUCAGUCUGCGCCGUAGCGAAGCAUCUCUUUCGCGGCGGGGGGGUUGUCGACCUCUAUUUCGUCGCAAGGUCAUCCUGUGCCAGAGGUGAUGGGACGACUUAAGGUCGACGAGGUUCACGUGGCAUAAGACCACCAGUCAGCAUAUGGUGGUCCAAAGAAAGGGCAGUCCGAAUUGCAAAAUAACACUGGAGAGAGAGAGAGAGAAGCGAUGCUAGAGAGACCUCGUUCUUUUCAUCUUCUUUUUUCCCCUCACUGCGCGAGCAAUCCACCCGGUCUAUUCCUACCCAGCUACUUGACAUCGAUCCCAAACAUAGUGGUAAGCGAUGGAAUUAGUUUAUACAAAGUUCUGAUGAUAAAACCCAACCAAACGAUGAC